UGUGACAGGAAAAGCCUGGGACUUUUCGUCCGUGCCGAAAGCUACGCAAACCAACGCCAGCCCGCGCUCCAAGCGCUGUCAUACUCGACAUGUUCCCGAAAUCCCUCUUCUAUGGAUCGAGGGCCGCCACCCACAUUCAUCUGGGAGCCAACAACUCAUUCAGAAAUGUCCUCCAACUUCAGACCGUGCCUCUUGGACCUUCUGCACCCAGCAGUGGCUCAAUACUAAGCCUUCCGGGUGCCGCUAGCUCUAGCUGGGGUACUGGUGGUAGUCAGUAUUCGGCCUAUCAAGGCUACACCGGUGUUGGCAGAGCUAUCACUCAGGCAAAUUCGUCUUCCACCGGGGAUGGAAGUAGAGAUCAGUUGGACGAUUCCGAGGACCGCCCAAUCUCCCAAUUGAAUCUGCGCCACCGUUUCGGACGAUCCACCCGCCUUUUCCCACCAAGGUCCAGAAGCAGGAGCAUUUCCCUAAUAUUGGAUCGCCCGUAUCGCCCAAAUGACAUCUCUUUUCCGCUGUCCCAAAAUCAACACCGGCUUCAGCAUACAAUUAUUUCCUCCUCAUCGCGCGUGGACUCCUCACUCGGAACCGCUGAGGCGUCCAUCCAUGGCGGGCAUUCGCACUGGCACGAUUCGUCGGUGGCAUCCACCGCAGAGCCGCCCCCCUCCCUGGGGACUAUGCCGAUACAAUUUACCCAUGAGCCCCCUGAAGCUUCUUCGGAAAGAUUUUCUCGCAGAAACCACUCCGACAAACCAAAGGAUCCGAAUCAUGCGAUUGAGACCUCAAUAGAAGCGGCGUUGCAAGCUCGUGAUUACCCUCAGCUGCUUUCUCUUGUGGACAAGCACGGUCUCCGCCACGAGGCACCCAAUAACUCGGAUGCACCCAGCGCUUCAGUCUUUAAUCAAGUCCUUAUCGCUCUCGCCAAAGCAAGACCCCCUGGUGAGCCAUUGGCUACAUUGCUACAAGUAUACAAUGCUGCAUUAUCCAGAAAUGUCGUCCCCGGGAUUAAAACAUAUCACGUUUUAAUCGAGGCCCUUGUCGAUAGGGAUGCCGAAAUACAAGGUGCCUUGUCCCGAAUUGAGGUUUCAUUGCGUUAUCACAGCCUCGGUCUCGGCUGGGAUGGGCAGGAUUUGGUCUCCCUUCGCGAGCUCUACCUCACAGAACGUGCAUAUGAGUCAGCGGUGGCCUUGCUUGACGCAGUGGAGCUCUUCCAAGAUGGAGCAAUACCCGCAUGGACGAUUUCGCGCCUAAUCAAAUGUUCAGCUUUGCGAGGGGACGUCGAAACUGCACGUCGGCUUUUCCCAGCAAUUGACAAACAUGCUGCUACACCCGAUACGCGUCUCUAUGCAGCAAUGAUUGACGUUUACAAGCGGGCGGGUGACUUAACUGGGGCAGAAAAAGUGUAUCAGGGAUUUUUGAACCAACUGGGUGCUACCGUCAAAUCGGCCCAACGUGACACUCGGGUCCAAGACCGGAUGAUACAGGCCUACAUCGAACUUGGCCAACCUGAGAAGGGCCUCGAACUCCUUGGUUACUUAAUGGACCAUGGAUCCCUCGAUGCCCACCCGCCUCUCCCCACUCAGCACACAUUUUGUCGCAUCAUUGAAGCCUUCAGCGCCAUUGGAGAUGCCGACUCGGCCCUCAAGUGGUAUAACCGACUAGCACAGCAAAAACCUGAUCCUUUCAUGAAGUCACUUAGCAUCCGAGUCACUCCUGACAUGUGGUUCAGCCUUUUCAAAGUGCUAUCCCUUAACCGUUCCUCAGAAGAUGUCAAUGCUUUGAUUCGCGAUUUGCUUCGAAACAUGCCGUUCACCGAGAAAGUGAUCCUAAACCACGAUUACUGUAACCUUUGGCUAGGAUUGAACCUCCGUUACCUUCAAACAGCAUCAUCAGAAGCUCGCCGUCCCACUCUCGAACGUCUUGCGGAAUACCUUCCAUAUAUUAUAGAACACCAUUUCAACGGAAUGCUAUGCGGCGACACCCCACACUUGAUCACCAAGCUUGCCGAUAUCGCCGUUGAUGAUGGUCUUCUGAUGGAAGCAAUUCUGUUAAUCCGCCCGGUUGUGAUGACCAAGGCGCAAGCAGUCGCCAAAGUCUCAGCACACGAAACCCAUGACACAUUCACCAUGCAGCGUUGGACUCGAGAUUUCUUUACCAAGCUUCUUUCUGCUGCUGCGACCGACGUCGAUCCCGCGGUCGCUUUUCGUGUAGCCCUUGAAUCAGGCCACUUAGUCCGUCAGAUUGGUGGAGGUAAUUAUGGCGCUGGCGAUCUUGUCAUUGACCUUUAUUCUCGUGCUAUGCCCGAUCCUACGAAAUUUUCACCCCAAAACUGGGAAUACAUCGCGAAUACCUUCUGCGACGUUGAAUUGCGACGAUUCGAGGAUGCCUCAUCGCAACCCCUCAAUUUCCAGCGGUUGGUUGCCGACAUGUCAAUUGUUGCUCAGGAGAACCUUUCAUUGGUUAACAUUCAGCGCUUGGUGGAGACCCUUCGAACAACAAGGGGGUGGGACACGGCUCACGGCGUGCUCUCGCCCCUAGGCGAAUUCGGAUUGUCGCACCUUGGUACCCUCAACCCUGCCUCAAGUCCUGCGGUAUGUGACCCCGCCAUUGAAGCGCCUCAAUGCUACCCGAUCCCGAUGGCUAGUACCGCACCCCAAGUAGCUCGUAUUGACGCUGCGCACUCGCGGUUUGUCGACGAGCAUUACUCCAAUCCGUUUGUCAAAUCAGCUGUUGCAACACCUCUGCAGUGUUUCGACAGAUUCGAGCAGGGUGCUGCGAUAGGGAUUUACCCGUACCCUACAGUACUCGGACACCUCAUCAACGCACUUGGCCGUAUGGGUGAAGUUGACAAAGUACAACGAAUCUAUGCUGCCGCCCAAGUCAUCCUGCAAACCCUUGAGUAUGAGCCGAAUACUCAGACAUCGGGGUGGUUUAUCAUAGAGGAUCAGAUGAUUGCAGCGCUUGCUCAUUCAGGGAACAUGGAGGCUGCCAAUGUCCACCGACUCCGUAUUUUGCAGCAUGGUGGUGCACCGUCUGCUGACUCCUACGGGGCACUGAUCGCAGCUGUCAAAGAUACUUCUGACGAUUCUUCAAUGGCUCAAGUGCUGUUCGAAGAGUCGAUGCAACUCGGAGUGACACCAAAUAUCUACCUCUACAACACAAUGAUCUCGAAAUUGGCGAAGGCGCGCAAAACCGAUUAUGCUCUCGAAUUGUUCUACCAAAUGCCGCACGUUGGGAUUCGACCAACGGCAGUCACUUUUGCAGCCGUCAUUGGUGCCUGUUGUCGCGUGGGCGAUGAAGAAUCAGCUGUAUAUCUCUUCGAGCAGAUGAUCAAACAACCUAGAUAUCAACCGCGAGUCCCAGUUUACAACAGCAUGAUACAAUUUUUCGUUCAUCAUAAGAAGGAUAAAACCAACGCCUUGCAUUAUCAUCGCAUGCUACUGGAUGCCGGUCUUGAGCCCACCGCUCACACUUAUAAGCCUGUCGAUGUAGCACAAGUCGAAUUAAUCUUCGCGGAAAUGCGUAGCAAAAUCGUCCCUCAAGGUACCCAUUGGGCAUCAAUCAUCGGCGUGUACGGUACUGGAUUACGUGAUCUUGACCGGGCGCUGUCAUUAUUCGACAGUAUUGGCCGGUCCGAAUGUCGAAUUGAUGCAGUAAUCUACGAGUCCCUUUUCAAUGCCCUCUUCCUGAACAAUCGGUUGGAUCUCGUGCCCAAGUAUCGCCAGCGAAUGGAAGAGGAUGGCGUCCAUAUGACAGCAUAUGUUGCCAAUGUAUUGAUUCGUGGAUACGCACAAGCAGGGCAAAUUCAAAGAGCCCGUGACAUCUUCGAGUCUCUUGCUGACUCGCCUGUGGGGGUAGCGGCUCCUCAUAACCACUCGCCAGUCCGUAACUCACUGGAGCGUGUGCCCCUCGACGCCCCAGUUUACCGAGAGGUUCGUUUUCAGGUUUCAUUGUCAACAAAUCAACUGCCUAAUCCUCACUACACCAAUCAGCCAUCUUCUUGGGAAUCUAUGAUCAUCAUGGAAAUUGAAUUCGGGGAACCAUCGUACGCAGAGUUAUUAAUGGAUCGUUUUGCUGCUAGGUAUAGCCCAAGCUCGUCGGAUCGAACUUCGCUAACUUGGUCUGCAGAAUGUUUCCUCCAGCUGUAACGAACCGUGUCCGAUCUAUUUUGAUGGAUUAUAGAGCCAGGGACCGUUAAAGCGCGAGGACUUCAACAACCCCUUCUUAUAUUUAAGUUUAAUAUAAGCACGCCCCUCAUUACAUAACCCCAUAUGCAGUCACGCAGCCACAUCUUCAUGCAUCAUGUACAUUAGCAUCCUUCAGUUGCACGAUCUCUCCAUUGUCACAAAUAAUUUUGAAUCGCACUGAGAAAUACCAGGGGUCAGAUUGUCAAGAAAAGGUACUGGUGGUUCCCAACUUAACAUAUGGUGAAGGGCUGUCCCUUCAUUUUCCUGAUGCUGGAAAAAUAAACCGUCCCAUCCCCUUA